AUGACGAGUGUCGACGAGCUAUUCAAGGCGGGCUCUGGAAGCUCCAAGCGCAAGUUUGAGCCCGUUCAGGAUCCUAACGAGCUCUACAAGGCGGCCAAGCUCGACUCCAAUGGCGACGUGAAGUCGAAGGGUAAAGAACCCAUGGUGGAGGAUGAUGUCGAGGAUGAUGGUGAGGCAGGCCCCGAGCUACCUCCCGAUUUUGAGGAAGACGUGCCAGACGAUGAAGAAGGCCGUUUCUUUGGGGGAGGAAUGGAUCAAAAGACUGCUCAGGCUAUGGAAUACAUCGACCAGCAAGAGGAAGAGGAGGCGCCGCAGGAGAAGUUUGAUGCUGCCUGGGUACGCCGGUUUGCCUUGAACUUUGAGAAGAAGAUCUCCAAGAACGCCGAGCUACGAGCCAAGUUUGAGAAUGAUGGAAAGAAAUACAUGUCCUCGGAGGCCGAUCUGCAUACCGAAAUCCAGGGACUCUCUAUUCUGUCAGAGCACCCAGAGCUCUACGAGGAAUUCGCCAAGAUGGGCUGUGUUGGCUCAUUGGUGUCGCUGCUGUCGCACGAUAAUACAGAUAUUGCGAUCGAAGUGAUUCAGGUCCUAGGCGAGCUUACGGAUGAGGAUGUGGACGCGCCGCAAGAGCAAUGGGAUGCUUUGGUCAACGCGAUGAUUGAUGCCGAUGUUAUCGAACUUCUGGCUUCAAACCUCUCUCGUCUUGAUGAAAAGGAAGAUGCUGACAGGGCUGGUGUUUACUACACUCUCGGUGUCAUGGAGAACCUGGCUUCCCAAAGCGCGCUCGCAGAGAAGCUCGGACAAGAUACGUCCAUUAUUUCUUGGAUCCUGUCUCGCAUCCAGCAGAAAGAAUCCCCUGUCUCCCAAAAUAAGCAGUACUCAGCAGAGGUCCUAGCGAUCCUUCUGCAAUCCUCUGCCAAGAAUCGAGAACGGCUCAUUGGUCUCGAUGGUAUCGACAUCGUCCUCCAGCUACUCAGCCAGUACCGGAGACGGGACCCCGAAAGUGAUUCAGAUGAAGAAGAAUACGUGGAGAACCUCUUCGACUGCUUGAUCUGUCUCGUGGAUGAAAGCGGCGGAAAGGAAAAGUUCAUCGAGGCGGAAGGCAUUGAACUUGCACAAAUUAUGCUCAAGGAAAGCAAGUUCAGUAAGCCUCGAGCUCUGAAAGUUCUCGAUCACGCGCUUGGUGGAGUCAGCGGUGGACCAGCAUGCGAACGACUGGUUGAGGCAGCUGGCCUCGGGUCAGUCUUUGGUUUGUUCAUGAGGAAGGUAAGAAUCAUCUCAAAGGGGACUCGGACAAAGACUCACAAAUUGAAGCAGCAAGAAGGAGGAAAUAUCGAACACAUUCUAGGCAUUUUCGCGUCCCUUCUUCGUCUUUUGCCUGGCGGAUCAGCACCACGAACUCGUACACUAGCCAAGUUCAUGGAGAAAGACUACGGAAAGGUCGAGAAACUGAUCAAGUUGCGACGGGAAUAUGCUGCUCGUAUCUCGCCGGUCGAGCAAGCCAUCGAGAAGGAGCGCAAGGGAUACUCGAGGGAGGAUCAAGAGUAUAUGGCUGCCGAAUGGCUCUCCCGCCGGCUCGAUGCCGGACUCUUUUCGCUCCAGACGAUUGAUGUCAUUUUGGCAUGGCUUAUUGCUGAGGAUGCGGGCGCCCAGAAGAAGAUUGAGGCGCUUUUUGCAGAUCAGGAUGAGAACCUGUCUUUGGUUCGGGGCACUUUGCAGGAACAACUGGAAGGACUCAGUGAGGAAGAGCCUGCACAGAAAGACUUCAAGGACAUGCUGAGCGCUUUACUGCAGUUUGUCUAG